AUGUCCUCCAACCAGAACCCCGGAAACUUCGCCAACCGCCCCCACGAGGAGGUCGAGAACAUUGCUCGCAAGGGAGGCCAGGCCAGCCACCAGGGUGGUUUCGCCAGCAUGGACCCCCAGAAGCAGAGAGACAUCGCUUCCAAGGGUGGCCAGGCCUCCAGCGGUAGCUUCCAGCCCGGUGACGAGCGUGCCCGUGAGGCUGGUCGCAAGGGUGGCCGCGCCACCGGUGGUGCCGAUCAGCCCGAGGAAUAA